AUGUUUGUUUUCGCACAGAUAGCCGCCAUUGCAGAUUUGGAAACCGGUGUCUAUCACCAUGUAACCGGCGUCGACGCUUCGUCAUCUGCUAGCCUCGCUGCAUAUGUCAACACCCUUACGUAUUCGCCAGUCGAUAAGCAAAACAAAGUGGUCUCUGGGGUCUAUUGUUGUUACAAUGCGUUCUCUCAUCUAGAUAUGCGCGUCGAGGUCAAAAUUCCCGGUAGUCUAGAAAGUUACUGUAUCGAUGAACGUGGAGAUAAGCGGGUUGCAACAGAGGCUCUGUGGCUUGAAACAUUUCUUUGUGCAGUCCUCAGAGCAUACACAUAUGCGGACGACGGAACGGGUGAUUCGAUCAAAAAGAUUGUGGGUGUACGCAGGUUCAAUCCAGUGACAAACACCGAAACGGAGCAUAAAUUUUUGGAGGCUGCGGAGAGAUUAUUUUUCAUGGGACGACAAUUGAGUUCGGAACCAGAGACGCAAGUGCCCAACACCGUCGCCAAUCAUUUGGCAUCGGGCCUCCUUAAGUACAUACAAACUACUGGACGAUAUGCAUCAGGAAUCAACCUUUUCGAGAAAUUGCGCACAAAGGACGUGGAGGUGUCCUCACUUCUAGCACGAGUGCUCAUCCUUGCGGACGAGGAAGUCCAAGCCGUUCGGCUCAUGCAUGAUGCUCUACAAGAUGUACCAAUGGACUAUUCUCUCUUGGAUUGCCAGGCAGCUUUCUGUUUGAGCAAAGGGGAGGGAGAGCUCGCCCUUGAAUGUGCCAAGCGCAGCGUGACUGCGGCGCCCAGCGAAUUCAGUACAUGGGCUCGACUGGCCGAGGUAUAUAUUGCUUUGGAGCAGUGGGACUUGGCGCUCCUUACUCUGAAUUCAUGCCCGAUGUUCACCUAUCAAGAUAAGGAUAUCCCGCGAAUGCCUCCUCCAUCGCGCGUGCUUCUUCCGAUUCUACCGGAAAGUGUUCUCGAUGAGAUUGACGAAGGCCAGCCAAAACAGGGAGAUCCCCAUGAUUUUGUUCAUCCAUCCCUACGAAAGCUACAUGCUACCGGAUAUCAGGGCACGUUCCGCAAGGCAUAUGAAUUGCUCACCAAGGUUGCAGGAGCUAUUGGGUGGGAUCAGCUUUUGAAAAUUAGAAGCGAUGUUUUUGUCAUGGAGGAAGAAUACCGAGUGGAGCGUCAACAGACAGCCAAACCAAGUCACUCACAUAAUGCCAGCACUGUCGCACUUCACCCGCCCAGUCCCAAUACUGCCACGGCCAGCGAUAGUCCUGAAACGGAUGAUAGCGACGAUCAUUCAGAUCAACGCAACGGAAACGGCGAGUCUGUACAAGACAACACGAUUGAGAGACCGGAACAGACGGUAGCUUCUGAGACGGUGAAGUCUGGACAUGACGAUCCGGACCCUUCUCAUUCCGCCUACGCCCAAUUUCAGAACAAACGACUGUGUGAGCGGUGGCUGGAUAAUCUUUUUAUGGUGUUGUAUGAAGAUCUUCGCAUCUACACAAUAUGGCGAUCAGAGAUGGCGCAGUCACGGCACCAAUCGCUAGAAUACAAGAAAACAGCAACCGAGUGGGAAAUUCUGGGCGAGCUGGCCGAGCGGUUACAUCAUUUUGAUGAGGGAAUCGAGGCAUACCGGCAUUGCUUGUCAAUACGCUUUUCGCCUAAGGCCAUGCGUGGUAUCUUGAAGCUGUAUGAGAAGCAAGGAGAUACGCGAGGCAUGCUCAACGCGUUGAUUCGCUUGAUCGCUUGGCAGUAUCGUUGGUAUUCCGAGUUCUCUCCGGAGUUGUUGCUGUUGAUGCGCAAGCUCAUUGAAGAAGAAGGCGCAGUCAAGGUUCGCAGCAUUGUGCAAGCGACCAACUUACCACAGCCGGUACUCGACUUGACACAUCAUUACUGCCAGCUUUGUGCUACAUUCCGCAGCACUGGCAGUGAUGUUUAA